AUGGAAACCGAUAUGGGCAUUUCCAUAAUCAAGCCUGCUCACAAAGGACAACUUGCAACGCACAGCGCAAGUCAACUCCAAUGUUCAACCAAGCAGUAUGCCGAACAAUUCAAGUGCAUUUUCGCAAAUAAAGCCUGUACAUGCACCCACGGUCUCCGAGAAGCCUCCUGCUUGUGCAGCCCUGGCUACAUGGAAGAACUCAUGAAAGCCUCGCCUUUACCACUAGUUUCAAAGAGUUUCAUUAUCCUCUCACGCAAUAAGCAAGUAUACGCCAAGCCAAACAUUGGAUCCACUUUACAGUUACAUCUGGUGGCAGAAAACAUGAAAAUCACCACUCAUCUGUCCAACACCAUCUGCAAAAUAGAAACCAGCGACAUCAUCGGAUGCUACGAUUGCGUCACAGGCGCCGAGGAAUCACUCUACUGUCGAAGCAGUGAAGGAUAG